GAAGAUUGCGCAUGCGCGGUACAAACACACGUGUCUGAGCUGAAAGUUACUGCAGAUGCGUGCUGUUUUUAUUUUUUUUGUUUUACAUUCCAUAAUAUUUAGUUCUGAAUUUCUGAAAUGGGCAUGAUUUCAGUGUUUCAUCUGAAAAGAUAAGAGAUGUAAGCACAGAUUUAUUUACUACGUUUACACUUACUGGAAGAACUGCCAAGCAGUUACAUCUUCUAAGAUGUCCAGUCUCGCCGCCAAAUAUGAGUACCUGGAGAAGUUUACCCGCAAAAGCUGGCGUCCUGAGGACAAAAAGGCCAAGAAGAAAGGCUAUGUUCCAUUUCAAGGCAAAGCUAACAGUGAUGGUGGUCCACCCAAGAAGAAGCAAAAGAACAAACCGGAGCCUAGAAAAGGACGUAAUAUGAACACAAAUUUCAGGAAGCCAAAUGCAAAGAGUAUUCAUAAACCAGCACUGAAGCAUAGCGGUACAGCUGGACAGAAUGCUGUUCAGAAAGUUCAGCAUGGGACACAAAUAAAGAAACAACAGAAGACUGAAGGUACAAGGACAGAGGAGUUUGAUGCGGUGGAUAUUUUAAGGAAAAGACUUCAUGAGAAGAUCGAGGCAUCUCGGGGGCAGGGCACUCCAAAGGAUCCUUCCUCAGAGGAAGUUCAGAAACGGCGAGCAAAACGGAAACAGGAGAGAGAACGCAAAAAGAGGAAAAGGAAAGAAUUCCGCAUGAAAAAGUUAGCAGACAGUGCUUCUGUAGAGGUCAAAGUAGAAAGCGAAACAGAACCGACACCUGUGCCUCAGAGUGAUUCUGCAACAAGCAAACCUGGCACAAAGGACCCAAACACCAUCAUCUUCAACAAGGUAGAAGUAGGGGAGGAGUAUGUGGACAAAGCAACCAAGUUAAAGGAGAAGAAGAAAAGGAAGGCAAAAGGAACUCUCACUCCCCUCACAGGCAGGAACUAUAAGCAGCUUUUGUCCCGAGUGGAGGCAAGGAAUGCCCGUCUUGAGGAGCUGAGAGAGAAAGACGAACAGAAAGCCAAGAAGGUAGAAGAGAAAAUGCGGUGGACGAACGUCCUCUACAAAGCCGAGGGCAUGAAGAUCAAAGACAACGAAGACCUUCUGCGUGCUUCCUUGAAGAGGAAGGAGAAAAUGAAGAUGCGGAGGAAGAAGAAAUGGACCGAACGGAGUCAGCAUGUGCUGGAGAAGAUGCAACAGAGGCAAGAUAAAAGACGCAGAAAUAUACAGAAAUCCAAGCAGAACAAGAUGGAGAAACGUAAACAGAGAGUCAGGAAGAAAGGCAGGGUGCUGCCUGAGGAUCUGAAGAAGGCUGCUGUGUAGAGAGAAAUGAGUGGAUUUAUGUAAGAAAAUGACUCCAUACUUUUGUUUUUAAUCUGAAGUUUUGCCUUGAUUCAGUGUAAAUAUAUCAGAUACAUUAAGCAUAACUUGAUAAUUCUCUGUUCAGAAGGGGAAAUUGAAAAAAAAUUACAGACAGUUGGUAAGAUUGGUUGUGUGUAUUUGUCUACAUUGGUUUUUCUGUUUGUGAGAAAGAAUUGGCAUGUCAGCCAUCACUGUAUCUUUUGUAAUACAAUAAAUAUAGUUUUGGUGUUUA